AUGUUUCUAUCAGGACUUGCUUCAUUAAAAUUUACAGUAUCAUUAUUUGUUCUGUUGAUUGCUGUUGGCAUUGGAUCAUUUCUUUAUUUAACAUUAAAUACAGAUUUUGAAUCCCAACCCCGUACAUUGUUUCGUUCAGGUAGUUCAGAUCCAUUGAAAACACCCAUUUCAAGUGAAAACUUGAAUCAAAUAAUGAACACUGCUCGUCAAGCAUGGUCUAUUGUUAAUAAUAAUCGAGCUAUUGUUGAUAUGCAAACAUCAUAUGGGAAUGGUAUACCGCAUCGUAUAACUGAUCCAUUUGAACUUCAAUCAUGGGCAUCACCACCUAUUUCUUAUUCUUCUACUAUUAAUGUUCAUAAUCUUUUAAAACAACGCGUUGUUCAAUUUACUUAUGCUCUUCAAUUCACAUACGGUGGUUCAUUAGAUGGAAAAGGUGCUUAUUUAGAUCGUGUCACAGUUAUUCCAUCACGUAUAUCAGUUGCGUGGGGUUUUACAUUUAAUGCCAGCAUUCAAAUUGCAUCUGUACAUAAUGUUGGUACGCGCGAUGAUCCAAUUGCAGCUGUCAAUCUUGAAUUGCAUUAUCGAUUAGAAGGACUUAAUGUAGUUGAAAGAACAGAAUCUUUUCACGUCAGGGGCGAUGGGCAAUAUACACAUAUAAAUGCUUGA